GAGGAGUCACAUACCUGGCAACAUCCACCAUCGCUUUGUUAACACUUCAUUGAACCAAGAUGGCAGAUUUUGAGGAGCUCAGCGAUGAAGAGAAGGUCCGCAUUGCAGCUAAUUUUGUGAUGCACGCUCCUCCAGGGGAGUUCAAUGAAGUUUUUAAUGAUGUGCGACUACUGCUCAACAAUGAUAAUCUUCUCAGAGAGGGGGCGGCUCAUGCCUUCGCCCAGUACAACAUGGAUCAGUUCGCUCGUGCCAAGAUUGAUGGAUAUGAAGAUCAGGUUCUGAUAACAGAACAUGGAGACCUGGGGAAUGGUCGCUUCUUUGACCCUCACAACAAGAUCUCCUUCAAGUUUGACCACCUGAGGAAGGAGGCCAGCGACCCUCAGCCCCAUGAGGGUGAGGCGGCCCUCCGGUCGUGGAGAGACGCCUGUGAUUCUGCUCUUCGGGCCUACGUCAAGGAGCACUACCCCAACGGAGUCUGCACUGUUUAUGGGAAAACCAUUGAUGGCCAGCAGACCAUUAUCGCUUGUAUCGAGGGCCAUCAAUUUGAGCCUAAAAACUUCUGGAAUGGUCGCUGCAGGUCUGAAUGGAAGUUCAGUGUCUCACAGUCUACAGCACAGUUGGUUGGAGUCUUGAAAAUACAGGUACAUUAUUAUGAGGAUGGAAAUGUGCAGCUGGUCAGCCAUAAAGAUGUCCAGGAAUCUCUGACUGUGACUAAUGAGAGCCAGACUGCAAAGGAGCUGGUGAAAAUUAUUGAGGAUGCAGAGAAUGAAUAUCAGGUGGCCAUUAGUGAGAACUAUCAGACUAUGUCAGACACCACAUUCAAAGCCUUACGUAGACAGCUCCCAGUCACCCGCGCCAAGGUUGAGUGGAACAAGAUCCUUAGCUACAAGAUCGGCAAAGAGAUGCAGAACGCCUAAAGGACAGGCGUCUGUUGGAGUUGCAACAAACUGAUGGCGCAAAGAUGUGUGAUGCAGCAUAACGUACUGUAUGUCCUUCCAGAGAAUUGCAGUUUCUGUCGAGCACUAACAGGGGGUGCCUUCAUUUUCACAUGCCGCUGAGUGGUUUAUCUGUCAUUUGUAAACAUAUUCUUUUUGAACAAAUAAUGCCUUUAGUGACACUGUGAAAUUUUGGGUUCAAUUUCUCACAUACAAAUUAUACAAUCCCUCAGUGCUCCAAAAGGACAUGCCUCCUCUAAAAACCUCUUUGAUAUUCAUGUAGCGACUAAUUCACUUUCUAUAUAACAUAACUAAUAUUCUUCAAGAGCUUCCAAUACCUCCGAUAUAGUUUUUUUUUUUUUUUUUUUAAAUUAACAGAGGGCAAGUACUAUAUGCAAAAAGUUAAACUUACCAGAGAGAGACUUGACGGCAUCAAAUUCUACAGUUUUUACUUCAGUCAAAAGACUCCAUAUAUACAUAAAUAUAUAUUCAUGCAGACGUAUUAUGCAUUCCUCUGGUUGCAGAGUUGUAGCCAGGAGGCAUGCCAAAGCAUUGGUGUUUUUCUUGUCCUGUUCCUGGACCAGACUUUGUCUUCCCUCUUUAAGUUUAGUCUUUUUUUUAUUUCUGUAUUAUAGAGAGAUAAUUUCAGUGAAAAUACUUCUGUAUCCCCCUGGACUGAUUCAGUGUUGGUGUCCUCUUGCCAGCUGUUUGCCUUUAGCUUGUGCUAUAUUUUUUAUACAGACUGUUAGUACAUUUAUUAUUCAUGAAAUAAAAAGAUUGCACCAAA